GCCGAGCGGCGGCCGGGGAUGGGAUGGGACGGGACGGGCCGGGAUGGGAGCGGGUGAGGGGACGGCCGAGCUCGCCGGCGGCUUUAAAUGCGGGCCCGGGCCGGCGCCGCCAGCACAGCCGCGCCUCUCGCUCGGGCUGCCGCGGGCGCUCACCCGCACGGACACGGACGGGCAGGUGUAGGGCCCCCGGCAUGCCCCAGUGAGCCAGCCCGCAGCCCGCCCGCCGCCACGGCUGCCCCGCAGCCCCCGCCCGCCGCCAAGCUGGAGGAGCGCCGCAAGCCCGAGCCCCGGAGGAUGGAGGACGAGGCAGUACUGGAUAGAGGGGCUUCCUUCCUUAAACAUGUAUGUGAUGAAGAAGAAGUGGAAGGUCACCACACGAUUUACAUCGGGGUCCACGUGCCGAAGAGCUACAGGCGGAGGAGGCGUCACAGAAGAAGAGCUGGGCACAAAGAAAAGAAAGAAAAGGAGAAAAUCUCGGAGAACUACUCGGACAAAUCAGACGUAGAAAACGCUGAUGAGACAAGCAGCAGCAUCCUUAAACCACUCAUCUCCCCCGCCGCCGAGCGCAUCCGCUUCAUCCUCGGAGAGGAAGAUGACAGCCCCGCGCCCCCGCAGCUCUUCACCGAGCUGGACGAGCUUCUGGCUGUCGAUGGACAGGAGAUGGAGUGGAAGGAGACUGCAAGGUGGAUCAAGUUUGAGGAGAAGGUGGAGCAAGGUGGGGAGCGAUGGAGCAAACCGCACGUGGCCACCUUGUCUCUGCACAGCCUGUUCGAGCUGAGGACGUGCAUAGAGAAGGGCUCCAUCAUGCUGGAUAUGGAGGCCUCUUCCCUCCCACAGGUGGUGGAGAUGAUCGUUGACAAUCAGAUCGAGACGGGGCUGCUGAAACCCGAGCUGAAGGACAAGGUCACCUACACGCUGCUCAGGAAGCACCGGCACCAGACCAAGAAAUCCAACCUGCGCUCGCUGGCUGACAUUGGAAAGACCGUCUCCAGUGCAAGUAGGAUGUUUUCCAACCCUGAUAAUGGGAUGGGGGUGGCUCUGUGGUCCCUGGACAAGUCAUCCUCAGCCCCCAUCUUGGGUGUCACUGCUCUGUUUGAAGCACGCAGCCCGCUGGAGAGCUCCGUGCCCUGCCUGGCCACGCGCACGCUGGACGAUGAACUGGGAGUGCAGCGCAGCCCCAGCGUGGGAUGGCUCAGCAGCCCGGCCAUGGCUCACCGAAACCUGACUUCCACCAGCCUCAAUGACAUCUCGGACAAGCCUGAGAAGGACCAGCUGAAGAAUAAAUUCAUGAAGAAGUUGCCUCGUGACGCCGAGGCCUCCAACGUGCUGGUCGGGGAGGUGGAUUUCCUGGAGAGCCCCUUCAUUGCCUUCGUGCGGCUGCAGCAGGCGGUCAUGCUGGGAGCUCUCACCGAGGUCCCUGUCCCCACACGAUUUCUCUUCAUUCUGCUGGGACCAAAGGGCAAAGCCAAGUCCUAUCAUGAGAUCGGCCGAGCCAUUGCCACGCUGAUGUCGGACGAGGUAUUCCAUGACAUUGCCUAUAAAGCCAAGGACCGUCAGGACCUGAUCGCAGGCAUCGAUGAAUUUCUGGAUGAAGUCAUUGUGCUCCCCCCUGGGGAAUGGGAUCCAGCCAUUAGGAUAGAGCCCCCUAAGUCUCUCCCUUCUUCGGAUAAGAGGAAGAACAUGUACUCGGGUGGAGAGAACGUGCAGAUGAACGGCGACACGCCCCAUGACGGCGGCCAUGGCGGCGGCGGCCACGGCGACUGCGAGGAGCUGCAGCGCACCGGCAGGUUCUGUGGGGGUUUGAUCAAAGACAUCAAGAGGAAAGCACCGUUCUUCGCCAGCGACUUCUACGAUGCUUUAAACAUCCAGGCCCUCUCAGCCAUCCUCUUCAUCUACCUGGCCACUGUCACCAAUGCCAUCACUUUUGGGGGAUUGCUUGGGGAUGCUACAGAGAACAUGCAGGGCGUGUUGGAGAGCUUCCUGGGCACCGCUGUCACUGGCGCCGUGUUUUGCCUCUUGGCUGGCCAGCCCCUCACCAUUCUGAGCAGCACCGGCCCCGUCCUGGUCUUUGAGCGGCUCCUCUUCAAUUUCAGCAAGGACAAUGGCUUUGACUACCUGGAGUUCCGCCUCUGGAUCGGCCUCUGGUCCGCCUUCCAGUGUCUCAUCCUCGUGGCCACCGAUGCCAGCUUCCUGGUCAAGUACUUCACCCGCUUCACCGAAGAAGGAUUUUCCUCCCUGAUCAGCUUCAUCUUCAUUUAUGAUGCUUUCAAGAAGAUGAUCAAGCUGGCAGAUCAUUAUCCCAUCAACUCCCAGUUCAAGGUGGACUAUAUCACUCAUUACUCUUGUGCCUGUAAACCACUAGAUCCAGUUAAUAGCUCAUUACUUAACAGGACAAUGGUGCUGUCAGACUAUGAGCUGGUCUCUCCCUCCUCUGAGCUGGCCAACACCACCAUUGACUGGGCAGCUCUGACAGCCAAGGACUGCUUGAAGUAUGGGGGUCAGCUUGUGGGCAACAACUGUGGCUAUGUCCCUGACAUCACCCUCAUGUCUUUCAUCCUCUUCUUUGGCACUUACACGUGCUCCAUGGCCCUGAAGAAAUUCAAGACCAGUCGCUACUUUCCCACCACUGCCCGGAAGCUCAUCAGUGACUUUGCCAUUAUCCUGUCCAUUUUGAUCUUCUGUGGAAUAGAUGCCCUGGUCGGUGUGGACACACCAAAACUAAUUGUGCCAAGUGAAUUCAAGCCAACCAGUCCAGAGAGGGGUUGGUUUAUCCCACCUUUUGGAGGGAACCCUUGGUGGGUGUACCUGGCAGCAGCCAUCCCUGCCCUGCUGGUGACCAUCCUCAUCUUCAUGGACCAGCAGAUCACGGCCGUCAUCGUCAACAGGAAGGAGCACAAGCUCAAGAAAGGUGCUGGAUAUCAUCUGGAUUUGUUCUGGGUGGCCAUUCUGAUGAUUGUCUGCUCCUUUAUGGGGCUGCCCUGGUACGUGGCUGCUACCGUCAUCUCCAUCGCUCACAUUGACAGCUUGAAGAUGGAGACGGAGACUUCGGCCCCUGGAGAGCAGCCCAAGUUUUUGGGAGUGAGGGAGCAGAGAGUCACUGGUGUCAUCGUUUUCAUCCUGACCGGGGUGUCUGUCUUCAUGGCUCCCAUCCUCAAGUUCAUUCCCAUGCCCGUGCUCUAUGGUGUCUUCCUCUACAUGGGAGUGGCAUCCCUCAACGGCGUGCAGUUCAUGGAUCGGCUGAAGCUGCUCUUGAUGCCUCUGAAACACCAGCCUGACUUCAUCUACCUGCGCCACGUCCCGCUGCGAAGGGUCCACCUCUUCACCUUCCUGCAGGUGGUGUGCCUGGCCCUCCUCUGGAUCCUCAAAUCCACCGUGGCUGCUAUCAUAUUCCCUGUCAUGAUCUUGGCCCUGGUGGCAGUCAGAAAAGCCAUGGACUACCUCUUUUCCCAGCAUGACUUAAGCUUUCUUGACGACGUCAUUCCAGAAAAGGACAAGAAGAAGAAAGAGGAUGAGAAGAAGAAGAAAAAGAAGAAGGGCAGUAUGGACAGUGACAAUGAUGAUUCUGACUGCCCCUACUCAGAAAAAGUCCCAAGUAUUAAAAUACCAAUGGACAUCAUGGAGCAGGAACCUUUCCUAAGUGAUAGCAAACCUGCUGACAGAGAAAAAUCACCAACAUUCCUUGAACGCCACACAUCGUGCUGAUACAAUUCCCUUCCUUCAAUCACACGCCAUGCCAAGCCCUCCACGAACUCCAGUAAAAGUUGUGCCUCAAAUUAGAAUAGAACUUGAGCCUGAAGACAAUGGUUAUUUCUGGAGGAGCAAGGGAACAGAAACUACUUUGUAAUUUGUCUGUCUGUCUGAUCUUUUACAAAUUCAUUCUGUUACUAGCCAAAUGUUCAGAAGCUCCCUGCUCCCCCCAGCGAAGGUAACCGAGCCCCCGCUGCCCCUCCCUGCGGGGCUGCCCGGGACUGGGAUGUCCCUGCCGGGCUGCCCGGGACUGGGAUGUCCCCGCGGGAGCGCCAGAGGCACUGGCUGCUGUCAGCCGCUGUCUGGCAGAACAGAGCUGACCUCCAGGCUGAUUCUUGGCUGCUCCCCGAUAUCUGCUGGAACGUGCUGCUAAUCCUCACGUGCUCUCACCUGUAGAUAAAAGAGAAGGUAUUUCACUCCCGGCACAGACAGACCAUUGCCAUCGCUGUAGCAUGUUUGGAAAUGUCCCUUUCCUAUGCAAUUUUUUUUAAAGAAACACUUUAAUGGACUUAAUCCUUCAGGUACAUGGAAGAGUGUUAUUUUCCUAGAUUAUUUUGUUUAAAUUAUGGGGGCCUAACCUAUGACUUUUUUUUUUUUUGACAAUUUUUUUAACCUUUUUUUAAUUACUGUAAAAAAAAAUGAAUUUUUUUCCUGCAGCAGGAAACAUAUAGUUAUGAGUAGUUCUACCUCUUAUUUCUAGAUGCCAGGCUUUCUGUAAAAAAUGUAUUGUACCAUAUAUAAUGUGAUUUUUACAAAAAACAAACCCACGACAUCACACCACCAUCUCCAGGACGUGGCAUAGGGCUGGAUAAGUUCAAUUAGCACCUCCUGCUCCGAAGCAUCUGUUUUUCUUAGGGUUAAGUUGGUUUUUGGAGUUUUUGUCAUGAGCAGUCCCUGCUGUGAAAGAGACUUAAAUCUCUUGUGAUCUUAGAAGAGUCUAAAUGGACAGGUGCUGGUUAUAUCCUUGUUGUUGAUUUCUGACGUGGGAUCCCUCCGUGACUUUCUUGGAGCACCGGUGUGUGCAGUGAGAAGACCCCAGGUGUGCCUCAGGCACAGUGCACGAGGAGGAAGAUGAAGGUGGCCUGCUGGGAUGCCCAUCCUGACACUCGGAUUCACAGACAUCCCCCUCCUCCUGCAUCCCACCCCUGUGUGCCACCUACAGAGCUCACCCUAAACCCGGCAGUGCAGCAAGGCUAAGCAGGCCAGGCACGGGCAUCCCAGGAUUUUGGGGUGGAGCCAAGCGAGUGAACAUCGCAUCAGGAGAGAGGUUUUUCUCUCUGUAGCAUGUUCAUGCUGGAAUGUGCAUCUGCAGGCACGUUUGGGCUUCACCAGGACACAGGGAAUGCACUAAAAGCUUCGUCCAAAAAUAAAAAACAGAAGAAGAAGUAAAAGUACCCCAGCUCUCGAGGUGAAUUCCCUGAUGGAGACAAUCCCAUCACAGAGGAUGGGCAUAUGCUGCCACCUGGUCCUUGUGAAACCAAAGUCUGGGUUGGUGAAGUCAAGAGGAUUUUCUGAUGGUGCUGAGACCUUAAAUGCCAAAUUUUAGCAUCUGCUCCCACACAGGAGCCACCGCCUCCAUACAGCCCUGCUCACCCUCGAGGGGUCUCCCCUUCCGUUUCCAUGGAAUCCGUGUUGGGCAUCCCAGGAGCGCAGCUGAAACCUGCUCUGAAAAUGCUGGGGAGACUUGGGAAAGGCCUGGAGAGGAACAGCUCCGGGAUCCCUUCUGCUGCCGGAGCACAGGUAACUUGGGAAGCGCCAUGCCAGCUGUGGCCAGUGCUCUCCAUCCCUCGGCGAACACCAGUCCUGGCACACAGGGGGGACACAGGCUGCAGUGCACAGGAGCUGCCCGUGGGAUUGCUGCCCAUCCUGCCCAGACCGUGGGUGUGCAGCAGUCCCAGAGGAGAGUUGCCAUCAGGGGCUGUCCCAGUCGGUUCCAUGGGCACAGCUUCCAUCUGCUGCUGCCUGGUGACCUGUCUCCCCAAAAAUCAGGUCUCCACCUCUGAACCGUGUUAAAUAUCCUUGAAGUGUCCUGACUGCUGUUCCAGAUCUUUCUCUCUCCUUGUGUUGUGCUUUUUGUGGUGUGCCCACGGGACAAAGGGCUGGCUGUGCGUGAGAAACGCGCCUCCGGCGGCAGGGAAGAGCUGCAGGGACAGGGAAGGGCUCUCUGCGGGCCACAGGGCCACAUGCCUUGGGGAAUAACUGGAACGUCCUUGCAAUCCAAAUGAGGUGUUUUGGCAGAAAACCCUGGGGGGCACUUCAGGGACUGAGUGUGGAGAGUGACCCAAAGGCCUCCGAGGCAAGGAGCAGCCGGGACAUCCCCAGGGAAUGCCAGGUCCCAGCCCGCGCUGGGCAUGGCCAGCUCUGUGCCAGCCCCGGCUGCACCUUCCUGGCUGCAUCGCAAUCCAGUCGCACUUUCAGAUACUUCUGUGCUUGGUUUGAAUUCUCCUAAGUCCCUGUUUUCUUUGGAGGAGAGAGCAAGGACUUAGGAUGAAGUGAAGUGGAUCGGAUGGUGGAACUAAAAGGAAAAAAGCAGAAAACAUUUCAAACGUAUUAAAAGUGAUUUUUUUUUCCAGUAAUAUAAAAAAUGAAAUUCCUUAUAACAGUAUAGUAUUUUACAGUUUUAUGAAGCUUUCUAUUGUGACUUUUAUGGAAUCAAAAGAUGAAGAUGAUGAGAUAUUUUAGCAUUUAUAUUUUUCAAAAUUAAAUAAAUGUAUACUGAAAAUAAAGUAACUUUAUGCAUUUA